CAAGGGCCGGAAGGGCCAUGGACCUGGGGUGACCAGAUGUGAGCUUGUGGCGCUGCCCCGGAUCUACCGAGACGACCACACGGGGCUCGAGACGAGCUGCGUUCAGUGCGGGUGCGUGUGCGUGUGCGUGUGCGUGUGCGUGUGCGCUCCAGGUCCUUGCGGUGCCACUGUCCCUCCGGAGCAGAGGAGCCGGCUGAAGAUGGCGCUGCUCAUGGAGCACCAGUUCAGGCAGAUGCCCGCUGACGGACAGGUGGAAACGAGACCGUUUCUGGAGGCGGUGUCACACCUGCCGCCCUUCUUUGACUGCCUGGGCUCGACUAUCUUUGCUCCAAUGAAGGCAGACCUGUCUGGUAACAUCUCAAAAAUCAAAGCGGUUUACGAAACCAACCCGACCCGGUUCAAGACACUCCAGAAUAUUUUGGAUGCAGAGAAAGAAAUGCAUAAAGCAGAAUGGCCCAAAGCUGGAGCCACGCUGGCCCUUAUGUGGCUGAAAAGGGGUCUACGCUUUAUUCAAGUCUUCCUGCGGAGCCUGCUGGAAGGGGAAAAGGAUGAGAGCAACCCAAACCUCAUCCGAGUCAACGUCACCAAAGCCUAUGAAGUAGCCCUGAAGAGGUACCACGGCUGGUUUGUGCAACAGCUCUUCAAGGCAGCUCUCUUUGCCGCUCCGUAUAAGACGGACUUCCUGAAGGCCCUCUCCAAGGGUCGGGAUGUCAAGGAAGAGGAAUGCUUGGAAAAAAUCCGAAAAUUCCUCGUCAACUUCACUGCCACCGUUGAUGCUGUUUAUGACCUGUACAGUCGAAUGAACGCUGAUGUUGAUGACGCAGUGUGACCCGAGACGCUCGCUUUGCUCCACUGGGCCGCUGAGUUCACGGAGCACUUCCAUCCUGCUGUCUGCGGUCUUUAACGUCCUCCCUCAGGGCGCUCGCUGAGGGGCGUCUUCACGGCGCUCUGGAGUCACCGACACCUCGAGUCUGCUCUGCCUUCUCUCCUCACGCUCGGGUCGCUCGGAGCCGAGUUUCCUUCAGCAGCUGAAGAUUUAAACUCAGCAUUUCUUUGUUUGCGCGUUCAUAAGAUAAUUAUAGCUAGAAUAAAAGGGCAACUGCACAAAUGUCUUUGAAAGCUUCCGCUCAGGGAGAGAGGUGUGUGAUGUUAACAGAUUAAUGAGCCAGAUCACCAUCAACCUUGAAGAGAAAACUAAAAUAUAACUCUGUUUUACAGUGGAUUUUAAAUUCUUAAAUUAGAAAUGUUGUGGUUCUUUAGUCAAACACAAGUUAUGGCUGCAUUUAAUGUGUAAUCAUACAAGAAGGACAAAUGACAAAACAAGAAAUACAAACGUGGUCUGGCUUCUAGUUUGACUGCAUUUAAUGCACAUAAUCCACAAACAAGUGUUUUCAUCAUACACAACACAGACUGUAGUUGACCGUGUGUUUUGGGUAAUGAUUUACAUUUUUCAAUUUUGUUUAAACACUUUUACUUCUGAGUCAUUACACGCUCCUGAGUUAUAAGAUUAGUCAUACAAAACAUACAAAACGCAUGAGUAGAAUGUUUUUCUUUGUAUUCUUUCUAAAGCUCAUGAACUACACACGUACACACACGGCUGUGAACUGCUUCUUAACGCACACCGCGUUGCACCUGAAGCUGGAACUGAGAAGCAUUUAAGCAAAAAUGUCAGCUUUUCUUCCCUUAGUCAUCUAUAUUUUUAUCCAUGUCACUUUUUGUAAACCAGGCAGGUUAAUUAAAAGUAAAAUGUGAAUUAUUACUAAAAGUAUGGUCUCUUUAUACUUCCAGGAACUAAAAUAGGCAUCUUAAGUAUUUUCCCAAAGCAGUUCUUCCUCAGCACUAAGCGCCUUCUGUCCACUCGGCUCUCCGGUGCUCAUGAAAAAGUGAAUUUUAAUUUCCUUUGAAUCUCUUUGUCAAGGGGGCGUGAAGUGUUCACCGACGUUGUGGCAUCAGCUUGUUGGACGUUCUGACCGCAGAUCGAUGUCGGCCUCGGCUCAGUCGGCCCUGUGUGGGUUCAGAAGAUGAAAUGCUCGUCUAGCGUUUCUUUGGGGUUGAAAUUAUGUUGCAGUGCAAAAUGAAAAAUACCAAAGCUUGUAUUUUUAACUUAACAAUAUAAUUAGCAAUAAAAAAUAUGUGCAAUA